AGGAGCCGCGGGGCGCUGGAGGGGGCCCAGGAGGAGGUGGGAGGAGACGGGCGCGCCGCGGGGGGAGCCUGACGGGUGCCGGGAAGAGGCCGGGACCGCAGGGGAGACCCCGAGGCGCGGGAGAGGAGGGUCCGGGAGACAGAGGUGAAGCCAUGUGGCAGCUGCUGCUCCCACUGGCCCUGGGGCUGGGCUCCAUGGGCUUGGGCAGGGCAGAGCUCACGGCAGCCCAGCACCGGGGCCUGCAGGUGGCCCUGGAGGAGUUCCACAAGCAUCCGCCCGUGCAGUGGGCCUUCCAGGUGACCAGCGUGGACAAUGCCUCAGACACGCUCUUCCCGGCCGGGCAGUUUGUGAGGCUGGAGUUCAAGCUCCAGCAGACGAGCUGUCGGAAGAAGGACUGGAGGAAAGCAGACUGCAAGGUCAAGCCCAAUGGGAGAAAGCGGAAAUGCCUGGCCUGCAUCAAGCUGGACUCAAAGGAUCAAGUCUUAGGUCGGAUGGUGCACUGUCCCAUACAGACACAGGUUCAACGGUGGCCCUGUGCUGGCAGGAGCUGGACAACGCCCAGGACGCCCAGUGCAGCAGGGUGGAGCGCUUCGGCGAGGACCCCCACAGCUACUACCUUCCCGGACAGUUCGCCUUCAUCAAAGCCUUGUCCCCCUGAGCUAAGGCCUGGCGGAAGUCACCCAGCUUCCUGGAAGGAAGGGAGGUCGCCAGUGAAAGCCUGCCUCCCUCCUCUGAGCCGGGGAGGGGCCACCCCCUGACCCCUGAGCUAAUAAAGCUGCGCUCAGCUGA